AGCCUUCCGCCAUCUUCCCCAUCGACGGAAACUCAUUCCGAUCAUGGCUCUGUUUAUCCACCUCAUAUCACAGUAUCGAGAGGCCUCGGAAUCGAUCUGGUGCAGGAUGUCGUAGUGACCCAUGAUAUCGAGGUGUAUAAGGUAUUAAUCGUUGGGCAUAAGUCUGCCAUCUCUUCGGGGGAGUUAUUGCGGAUCUUGAAGACAAUAUGGAGGGAACCAAGUGGCAAGAAUCAAGCGCGGCUCCAGGACGGGGUUUUGAGAUUCUUGCACACAUGGGUGUUGUUGGGCUUCCUUGACGUUUCAUUCACCUCGGAGGCACUGAGGCUUGUGGACGAGUACUCAGGCAGUCCGUCAUUUAGCGGUCGUCGAGAGAUAUGGCAGAUUCAGAAUGCCCUGACCGAAGCGGCCCUGGCAAGACCGACACCUCUUUCCCCUGUGAGGGAGCGAACCAUGACAAUCAAUGGAUCCGGGUCGAGCGUUGCGUCUGGCGCUUCAGGAAGACAACGAAAGAUCAAGGGGAAGACCAUUGGCGAAAUGGACUCGAAUGAUCUCCUUGGGUUAGCAAAGGCUCUGCUUGAGAAGGAAGCAGACAAUAUCGAGCAUCUUACUAUGCCUCAUGCUGUCAAAUCGCUGAUAGGCUGGCGAAACCAUCCAGAAGCGUCGGACUCGAUACUAUUCUCUCCCUUGGCAGAACAGAUACAAGACUGGGUCCAUGAAGAGUGCCUGAAUAAACGCCACGAGGUUCGGCAGAAGGCAUUCCAAUCGUUCUACCUUAUGGCAUGCGAAUGCGAAAAACUAGGAAAUUUCGCUAGUUCCCAUGCUAUCGCCCGCGCCCUUUGCGGGAAGUACUUUGAGGGAUUCGAACUUAUUCGGGGUCGUGCUGCGAAAUCAGCGGGAGGUGCAGAAAAGCUACAGAAAGCACUGCAACACCUUUCCGAACCCCCGGACGGAGUCCUGGCGACAAUUCCUCCGAUAGAUUACCGAUUGCGACGACUUCUACCGUUGUUCGACGCCAUCCGGGAUGAUGUUGCUACGAUCAACUGGGAGGCUUGCAGGUUGUUCUAUCAAAGUUUGGUGCAGGUGCUUCGACAGCCCGUUCUCCCUUCUCCGGAAGCCAACGUCCACGAGUCUUACCAUAAAUUCCUUCGCGCAAGGAUGUACGAAGCGUCCUUGCAUCGUUCUGACCACCAGAGUCUCAGUGAACACCUCUCCGCAAAUGAGAACCGCGAGAUGCAGGAUAUGAGAAAUAGAGCUGGGUUCUAACAACCGAGUUAUGGUGCUUUGCUACGUUACUCCUGCCCUCACCGCCCCUCAAAUGGUCUCAACAUGGUCCGGCCUGCUUGGAUGUGAAAACUAAUUUCUGAGUCCCAGUUCAUUAUGCGAUGUUGCAAUUGUAUCCCGGUGUUCUCCAUUUCAUCUCACUACUAUCUUUCUUGGCUUUGAGGGUUCUGAGCUUUCCUUUCCAUUUUUAUCACGACGUUCCUGAAUACCGUCCCCGUGUAAUUCUAUGUAUGUUGCCGAACCUAUGUAUAACCAAGUUUCCGUGAAAUUGUGCUGAAUGAGAAGGUAGAUUGUUCAAGUU